AAUUCCCCCAAUCCACGAUCACGUCCUCCAAUUCCCGAGAAUCGAUUGAUGAGAAGGGAGACAAAUAUGGCGACCUCAAUGCUCCAGCCAGGAAUCUUCAACAAUCCUCGACCGAAGAGGAAUCUACUCCCAAAUCCGAACAAGAAGCGAAAAACAGAGCACAAUGUCGACGAGAUUUCCUUUGAUGACAAUGCGAGGGCGGAUUAUCUGACCGGAUUUCAUAAGAGGAAGGUGGAGCGCGCGAAGAGAAGGAAACAGGAGCUGGAGGAGCAUGUUAAUGCCGUGAACGCUAUAUUGAAGGAGGUUUCGGGGUUUGGUGAGGUGUUGGAUAGGGAAGAGGAGUAUGUGGACGAGGAUCGCUGGACGACUGUUACGGUUGAGGCGGUUGAUGUUUCGAAGGAGGGGUUGAAGAAGGUUGGAGAGGAGGACAGUGAUGAUGCUGAAGCACCAAACCUUGUAUCUUUGGAGGAGAAAGGAGAGGGUAAGGAAAAGAAGAAAUGGCCCAAGAAGGAGAAGAAGAAGAAGUUUCGGUAUGAGAGUAAAGCAGAGAGAAAGUUCACGCGGGGAAAGCAAAAGGCUGGGAAUAAGGCGAGAGCUGAUGCCAGGAAGGGCAAUAGCUGAAUAUACCUAAUGGAUGGCGACGAUAAUUCUGAUAUACGACCUUCAUUGAUAUCUACCUAACAAGCAAAGCCAGAGCCAUCCGUGGAGACAUUCGCAUUCGCACGUCUACGAGAACCAGA